CCGUCCGAAGGCGGGCGAGGGAGGGAGGUCCAGGAGGGGAUCCGAGGCGCGGCGGGCUCACCCGCCUGCGGCUGCCCACUCCCUUCCCUCUCCCCACUCCGCCCAGGUGGCAUCUGCCGCCGCUGCCCCCCCUUCCCGUUGCCACCACCAUGUCCACGGGCUCCCUGAGCGAUGCAGAAGACCUUCCCGAGGGGGAGAUGCUGGAAUGCGACGGCAGCCUGAAGAUGGACAGCUGCUCCCCGACGCCUCGGUCUCUGCCGGCGCCUCCGGCUCCCCACCGCUGCCACGAGAGCAACGACGAGGGCUCAGUCGGAGGCGGCGAUCGGGUCUCCCCUGCCAAGGGCCGAGGCGGCGCCCCCUCGUCGGGCAAGCGGAAGAAGGCGCCGGGCAAGAAGAGCCCGCUGGGCGGCGUCGGGGCGCUGGGCCCCGAGGGCAAGCAGGUCCAGCGGAACGCGGCCAACGCCCGCGAGCGCGCCCGCAUGCGGGUGCUGAGCAAAGCCUUCUCCCGCCUCAAGACCACCUUGCCCUGGGUGCCGCCGGACACCAAGCUCUCCAAGCUGGACACGCUGCGCCUGGCCUCCAGCUACAUCGCGCACCUCCGGCAGAUCCUGGCCAGCGACAAGUACGAGAACGGCUACAUCCACCCCGUCAACCUGACUUGGCCCUUUAUGGUUGCUGGCAAACCGGAGAACGAGCUGAAAGAAACAGGGAGCACCACUCGGUUGUGUGGCCCUACAGCAUCCUGACCCAAGAUGUCCAAGCCUGGGAACAACAACCUUGUUUGCAUGCAGGGGUUUCUGCCUGUGCAUGCAAGAGUAUGUGGGCUUACUGGUGUGCAGGACUGGCGGUGGUGAGAAAUGAAGGAGCCGACCAGAUCGCUUCCCCGUGAGGAAUAAAAACACACCCUAAAUCUGAAGAGACGACCACAUGCACCAUGCCAAAGGAAGAAGGGAAAAAAUCCCACAGUGCAUGUAUUUAACUUUAUUAACUUGUAUAUAUUUGACUAUCCUACAACAACGCCUUGCUGGUUCAAGAGCUGUUUUCUGGAUUCCUCCAUCUAGACUUCGCCAUUGUCUGUUUUUGUGUGCCCCCCCCUUUCUUGUGAAAGACUGCGAUUCCUAGAAUCAAUUAUUUCGAUAGUCACAUCUCUCUCAAAGAAUUCACAUUAAAGAUAUUCUAUGGAUAUAUUUUCUUCAGACAGGCUUUGCUAUAUUUUGUUUCAAUUAAAAAAGGAAAAAACCACUGGUCCUUAGCAGGAAAGGAAAAUAGCACAUAUAGUGGCUUGGGUUGCUUUUUAAAAAUACAGUAUUUUUUUUAAAAAAGAAACUGCUGAGCAGGACCAUAUUAUCUGUUCAUCUGCAAACCUUAAAAUGGCACAAUGCAUUACAAUGCAAAAUUGUUUGACCCUAGAUUCCGGCGAAAUGUUUAUUUUUAUAAUUAAGAAGAGCUAGACUGUGUCCUUGCGGGGUGGGUGGUUUGGAGGGCUAGAAAAACAAAGCACAGGGGCUGCCAAACUUGUAGAAAGCACCCCACCCUCCAAAAUGUAAUGAGAGUUUUGAUUGGGAAGUGGAUGCAUUGUGACAUUAGUUGUGGAAUCAGAUGUUUUGUGAUGUUAGCUCAAUCCAGAAACUGAUAGGGGUGGAGGAACUAGAUUCUGAAACAUUUUCACUAUUAACAACUUAAACAGACUCCUGUGCAUAAGUAAAUUCAAUGGGUUGGCUAAAUAUAUAUAAGAUUAUCGCCUAAGACUAGGAUUAUCAUUUGCAAACAUGGUUAAUAUGGAAAUUGAUGUGGGAAACAGAGUUUUAAAUUGCCCGUGUACUGAAGAUGCUAUAGGGAGCACUUUUUACUGAAGAUGCAAACUAUGUCUUCGACUUCUAGUAUAGAGUGCGUCCCUUUUGAAUGUUGCCAAUGCAAAGAUUGAAAGUGGAAGAGCGCUGCUUGGAAGUAAGCACCAUUUCUUUCAAUGGAGUUGUCUUGAAGCAAGGUGCUUGCAGGAUUUAAAAAAAUUGUUUCCUAUUGGGAAAUAUGUUCUGUGGUUUCAAAGGGAUUUGAUGCCCAAUGUGUGUCUAGAAUUAGGUUGCUGGCUUUGUUUGCUUUCAGUGGGAUUGCUCUUAAGCCAUUUUGUUUGAAAAUGUGCUCCACUUUCAAUGGCACAUAUACAUAAUGUGUUUAGGAUGUGGGUGCAACACGGAGAAAAGUUAUGAGUUUACAUUUUAACAUCCUUGUUCAGCUGUCCAUCUUCCUUUAUGUCGAAUAGGUUACUUUUUGGAAAACCAAAUUAUAGGUGGUAUCAAAUUAAGCUGUCUGUACCCCUUAAAUCUUCUAUGAAUGAUCCCCCAACCAUCCAGAAACAAUGGGGGCCAGUGAGGGGGAUGCAGUCAACAGAGCCAGUUUCUGCUUCUCAGGCUAACUUACUUCACAAGGUUGUUGUGAGGACUAAAUGAGGGAGAACCAUGUACUCCAACUCAAGAGGAAAAGGUGGGAAUAAAAUGCAACCCCCCCCCACAAAACUAGGGUUGCCAGACUCAAUAGUGGACAGGACUUCUGUGCCUUUA